GUACCAUUAACAUACCAACCCAAACGACACACUCUUUGGCACUACUUUUUUCGCAGCCUGCAAUUCCUUCCUCUUUCGUCACUCUCUCUCUCUCUCUCAAACAUUUCUACAAACACUUCAAAAACAAACUCAAUUUUGCAGACGGUGGCCUAACAAGUAAAAAUCAACCCAUUUGCACCGCCGCCUCAAAAAAAAAAAAAAAAAACUGAUCAUUUUACAGCCGGGCGCAGAGCCCCCGUUGUUUUCCUUGUUUCACUUUCAAUUUUUUUUUUUUUGUUAUAAAUUCUUUCGUCUGUAAAACGGCAUCGUAAAGAAGCUAAAUUUUUCCUUAAACGGUAAUCGUAAUCGGAAGGAAAAAACGAAAAGCAACCCUACUUCCAGAAUUUCUGUGAUUCUAUUCCAGAAUUUCGUCUCAGAAGGUGACGGAUAAUAAUCAAAUGAGUUAGCAAAAACCUCUUCGAAGAAGAAUUUCUCAGGGGCGGUGCUGAAAAUUGUUUGGGAAAACGAAAACAAAAAUGAGUUCAUCAGGUUUACGAAGAUCCGUUUCCGCAAUUACCGAAAGUUUGCCCAUUCCGGAGCUAAUCAAUUCCAUUAGGCACUCUUUUCGCGAGUGCGAUUACGAUGAGGUCCGUAAUGUAUUGAUGGACCGCGAGAAAAAGACGAAAGUCGAGAUGGAAAACCUCGUGAAGGAUCGCGAUUUGAUCAAAGAAGAGCUCCGUUUAUUGGAGAAAACUCAUAGUUUGACGUACCUCAAAAAUUUGAAAACUGAGGAGAAAUUGGAGAGGAGCCUUAAGGAGUGCGAGGAAUUGAAACGGACAAUCAAGAAACUGAAGGAGAAAAAAGGGGUCUCGAGCGACCGGCAAAUAAAGGUGGAGAAUAUGUACAACGAGGUCUCUGCGUGUAAUUCUAAGAUAGACGAAGCACUGUUGAAAAUGGGAGAGGAGAUCGAGGGUUUGAGGAAGGAGAAAUUGAAUGCUAAAGAGGCUGCGGCGGAGUUGAGGCGGCAAAAUGUGGAGGCGAAACGGGAAAUGGAUGAGUUGAUGAAAAAGAAACUGGAAUCCGAUGAGGAGUGUCAAGUGUACAAGAGCAAGCUCGAUGAGUUGGAGCCGAGGAUUAUGAAAAUCGAGGAAGCACUUUCGAGUAUUUUCAAUGUGAAGGUUGAAGAUCUCAAGAAUUUUGUGGAGGAUGUCGAGAAAUCUGCCGCUAUAAAGGAGGAGGAAAAUUUCGAUUUUCGUGAUGAUAAAAAUGGUGGCAGAAAAUCGGUCGGUUAUCCGAAAAAAGAUGAUUGCUCAAAUGAGGUUCAGAAAUCCCCCGUUUCUCACUCUGGUUUCAGUUCUCCGCAAGAACAGAAAAAUGUUAUCGAUCUCGAAAAUGAAGCUAAUGGGGGCCCACAUGGUUCAGCUUUACAUGCAGGGCAUUUGAGUAAAUUGGAUAUCAUUGAGCUAUCCGAUAGUGACGGUGAAACGGGCCCCACUGGAGCAGCCCAUACUUCAGAUACAGUACUUAUAGGUGAAAAUGCAGCUGAAAACGAGGUAAUUUUCGAGAAAUCUGUUCAAACUAGCCGGUCAAAAAAACUAAACAGAACAGAUAACAAAGAGGAUUCUCCGGUAAAUACGGGCACAAAGAGGAAACGAAACGUACGUAGUGGAAUCCGCGAAUCAACUCUUGAUAAAAUUGGAGCACGUGAUUCUGAAAUUUCUCCGUGUAAGAUUUGUCGGUUGGUCGAUGAUGAGUCUUCUUCUACCGAUUCAGAAGAUGAAUCGGACUCGGAUUCGUGCAUUGAAAAACUUGUUGCGACAAUUCAGAGUGAAAAUCUUGAUGCAACUCUUCAAAGCGAAAAAGUUGUUGCAACUCGUCAGAGUGAAAAAGUCGGUCGGAAAUUUAUGCUUGAAGCUGAAAUGAUUAACGCCUUACAAGAAGAUGAGGAGCUUUGCAUGAAUGGUGUUUGUGCUCUUUAUAGGCAGCAAUUCUUUUCGAGCCAACCGACCACCAAACGUUCGAAGCUGUCCAAUACUGUCAAACCCGAUGAUUUAAUUAGGUAUGUGGUUUUUGACUUUGGAGUAAUGUUUUCAAUUAUGGUUCCGAAAUUUCGUUUCCGAUUUUUUCAAAAAAAAAAAUUCCGAAAAAUAGCUUCAAAAUUUCGGUUUUUUUUUUUUUUUUUUUUUUUUUUUUUGUGUGUGUGUUUGAAAAUAUACAUGUAUAAUACUGGUAUCAUUGCAUAUCUAAGUAGUAAGAAGGUUGUACAUGAUCGUGACUUGUAUACAAUUCCACGCAUCAUAAACGUAGCAUGAUUUCCAGGAAUUCCGUUUUAAUUUCUCAAGUUUUCAGAGUCGGAAUGGAUUUUUGGAUUCUAAAAAGCUCGGAAUGAGAAAUGGUUUCUCACUUCAACUUUUAUUUGAUUAUUCUCAAAAUUUCGGAUUGCAUUUCCGAUUUCUUUCCAAAAAAUUAUGGAUCGGGAUUCGAAUUAUAUAUAACCUUUUUGAAAACUCCGAUUUCCAUUCUGAUUUUGAUUUCUGAAAAAUAAUUUCAACAAAUUCUGUUUGUUUUUAUUUUUGGGGAAACUACAUUUAACACACACACACACA